AUAGAAAUUGCAAGAAGCUAAUUAAGCAUACAUCCUUUCACAUUAUAUAUAAUAAAUAAAUGCGCAUGCGCAUGCGCCCAGGAGAAUCUCCCGCGCUGUGUCUCUGAGUCUGAAACACACCAAUUAACCUCGUACCAUCCUUCCGACAAUUCAUAUGAAGACCCGAACCGUCAGAACCGGCAAAGUUUCCCCUAAAUGGAUCCUCCUUUUAUCCAUCCUCAGCUUCGCCUCCGGCAUGCUUUUUUCCAGCAGAGUGUGGAUUCCUCCUAAAUUGAAUGACGGGCGGAUCAUGUUUGGGCGGCGGGCUAGACAAGAGAAGGUCGACGAUUGCGACAAGAAAUUGAAUCAUCAGGACAAGGAGAGUGCAAUUGGUGAACACAGCAAAGCUCUUGAAUCCAUUGAAAACUCAUCAGACAAUUCAUUUGCCAAAAUUCAAAUGGAGCUGCCCUUGUCUAAGAAUAAGAGUAGUUCUGACAAUGUGGAAACAUCUAAAAGCUUGGCUGCUAAUGUCAGUAGUUCAAAUAAUUCUGAGGAAACCGAGAAGAGGAAGAAGAAGGCUUUUAUGGUUAUUGGGAUAAACACGGCCUUCAGUAGCAGAAAGAGGCGCGAUUCUCUUAGACAGACAUGGGUGCCUCAAGGUGAGAAGCUGCUUAAACUAGAAGAAGAAAAGGGAAUUGUUGUUCGUUUUAUGAUAGGCCACAGUGCGACAUCGAAUAGCGUUUUAGAUCAAGCAAUUAAUCUGGAAGAUGCUCAGCAUAAGGAUGUUCUUAGGCUUGAGCACAUAGAAGGGUAUCAUGAGUUGUCUGCAAAGACAAAAUCUUUCAUGUCCACUGCCUUUGCAACAUGGGAUGCUGAGUUCUAUGUCAAGGUUGAUGAUGAUGUUCAUGUCAACUUGGGUACACUUGCUACAACCCUUUCGCGGCACCGUCUUAAACCCAGGAUAUAUAUUGGAUGUAUGAAAUCUGGACCAGUUCUUUACAGAAAGAAUGUGAAAUACCAUGAACCUGAGUACUGGAAAUUUGGAGAUACUGGAAAUAAGUACUUCAGACAUGCAACUGGACAGAUAUAUGCUAUCUCUAACGAUCUCGCAAAGUUCAUUUCUGACAAUGAGCUUCUUCUGCAUAAGUAUGCAAAUGAAGAUGUAUCACUUGGUGCAUGGCUAAUAGGGCUUGAUGUUGAGCACAUUGAUGAUCGAAACAUGUGCUGUGGAACUCCGCCAGAAUGUGAAUGGAAACUCCAAUCUGGGAAUACAUGCGUUGCAUCUUUUGAUUGGAGCUGCAGUGGAAUCUGCAAAUCAGUUGAUAAUAUAAAGCGAGUCCAUGACAAGUGUGCUGAAGGGACAGAAAUUCUCUCAAAUUUUUUAUUCUGA